AUGCAGAUGACACUCCACUGUUCGGACGGGCCGUGCACGGUGGACAGCGUUGUCGCGCUGAGCUCGGUGGUCAUCUACAGCCAGCGCGUCCACGGCGGCCCCUUCGGCGUCUACGUGCCCUUCCCCGCGCAGGUCGUGGCGGCCGUCGUGGGCCUGGCGGGGAAAGACCCACUACACGCGGUGGCCGUGUUCCAGGACCACGGCUACGCGAGCCUUGAUGUGGCCCAGUGGCUCGAGCUCCGACUAGAGCUCUCGGGCCUCUUGGACGCGCUCGGCCAGCACGUAAAGGCGCUCUGGACGUGGGCGCCAAAGUGCAACCUCAGUAUCUCGCCGGGGCCGUUUGAAGUGGCUGACUGGGCGCUCGAGGCCCUCAUUCAGCGGUCCGGGCUGACUCCGGCUAUGCUUCUGCUUCCCGAUGCCCCGCCGCUUGCGGUGGAGCGCUACGUGUACAACCACCGGGCCGCGUUUGGCAUCCCACUCCCCAUCAUGCCACCAUGGUACGCGACGUGGACGCAGUACGCGAGGGCGAUGCAGGAGACGAGGUGCUACGUCUGUGGUGCGGUACCCCAGAAAGGCAUUGCGGCGACGUGGGUCCUGGGCCUCUGCGCGCAGAUGUGUAGCAAGCACUACCCGAUGGAUGUCCCAAAGCUUCAUCUGGAGCUGAUGGACGCGUACGUGGCCACGCUGGACCUUGCGCCAAUCGACGAGAGCGUCUCGGUGGAGGUGUCGAAGCUGCCGCUGUACCUCGGCGACCUGCCGCGGGGGCGGCUGGGGGUCGGUGUCGCGGACGUGCCCCUGGUGGAAAUUAUACGACACAGAAGCGGCCUCACCAUGUGUGACGACCUCCUCGACCUGCUAGUGUGUACAUGA